AGGAGCAGGAAUCCCACCUGGGAGAACCCCAGUCUACCCAGAUACAGCACACCACAGCUGCAGGGCAGAGGUCUAAGAAACAGAUACAUGCUGUAUGUGCUUGCUCUGAAGCGGUUCCCGAUCCUUCUGCACUGAAUAACAUCACCACACUUGAGGUUGCCAAGAACUGUAGCUCUGCCUUUGCAGUUCUCUGAACUUUUCCAGGAGCAGAAGAAAAUGAACAUAUCUCAGGGAUCAAUGUUGUUUGAGGAUGUAUCUGUGCACUUCACCCAGGAGGAGUGGCAGCUACUGGACCCUGUUCAGAGGCUCCUGUACAGGAAUGUGAUGCUGGAGAACUACAGGCACCUGGUGUCACUGGGGCACUGUGUUACCAAACCUGAGCUGAUAUUCAAGUUAGAGCAAGGAGAAGAACCAUGGAUGUUGAAAAGAAAACUGCCAAAUCAGGGACGCUCAGAAGUCCAGAAAGCCAAUAACAUGAAAGAAAGAAGCCAGAGAAAUGAAGACAAAUACUUGAUGCAAGCUUUAUUUUUCAACAGCAAAACACUGAUUAAGGAGAGAAGUAAGACCCUAAAAGAAUCAUUUAAUAUGGCCACAAACCCAGUGCCCUCGAGAAAAAUCUCCCAUAAAUUUGACUCAUUUGGAAUAAGCCUGAAAAAUGUUUCAGAAUUAAUUAUUAGUGAUAAAAACCACAUAAGAACAAAGUCUGAUGAUUUCAGUGGAUGUGGGUUCCUUGAAACUAAACAUGAGAAAACUCAUACAGGGAACAAACCCUGGGAGAAACACUAUGAGUGUAAUAAAUUUGGAAAAUCCGUUAGCAAGAAGUCAAACCUUACUCAGCAUCAGAGAACUCACACUGCAGAAAAACCCAGCAAGUGUAAUGAUAGUAAAAUAACCUUAAAGAAGGAAUCACAUCUUACUCUCAAUCAGAGAAUUAACACAAGAGAGAACAACUAUAAAGGUAAUAAAUGUGAGAAAUCCUUUUUUGAGAAGUCAAAAUGCACUCAACGUCAGAGAACACACUUGGGGAAUAAACCUAAUGAGGGUAAUGAAAGUAGGAGGACCUUAAGUAGAAAGUCACACCUCACACAAAAUCAAAGAGCUCACAAAGGAGAGAAAACCUAUGACUGCAAUAAAUGUGGGGAAAGCUUCCAUAAGAAAACAGACCUGACUCAACAUCAGAGCACACACACAGGAAAAAAACCCUAUGAAUGUAAUGAAUGUGAAAAAUCCUUCUUUGUGAAGUCCAACCUCACCGAACAUCAGAGAACUCAUACAGGAGAAAAGCCAUAUGAAUGUAAUGAAUGUGGAAAGUCCUUCUGCCAAAAAUCAGCCCUCACAGUACAUCAGAGAACUCACACAGGAGAGAAACCAUAUCAAUGUAAUGAAUGUGGGAAAACCUUCUGUGUGAAAUCAAACCUGACUCAACAUCAAAGGACCCACACAGGAGAGAAACCCUAUAAAUGUAGUGAAUGUUGGAGAUCUUUCUGUGUGAAAUCUAAUCUCAUCGUGCAUAAGAGAACUCAUACAGGAGAAAAACCCUACAAAUGUCCUGAAUGUGGGAAAACCUUCUAUGAGAAGUCAGCUCUCACAAAACAUCAGCGAAUUCACACAGGGGAAAAACCCUAUGAAUGUAAUGAAUGUGGAAAAACCUUCAGCCAGAGGUCAGCCCUCACCAAACAUCAAAGAAAAACACAUAAGAAGAAAACUCCCAUCAACCCUCUCCAUGUGCAGCAACCUGCUUCUGCAAGCCAAAUCUGUUAAACAUCAGCAAAAUCAGAGGGCAGAAGACCUUAGAUGUCAACACACGUCUU